GCUUAAUCGAAAUCAUCGUUGGAUAGUGUUCUUGAUAUCUGUUUUUGACAUGCUUUAUAUAUCUAAGACAGUAAAAUUAGGGUCUUUGAGGUUGUUUUAUCACUUCAAAAGCAUAAAUUACUUAAAAAGGUCAAAUCUUCCAUCAUCCUAUGCUUGUAAAACAACCUCAAAGAACCUAACUUAGUAGGGGUAGAGAUCACCCUCAAAAUCUCUGUAAUAGUUAUAUGAAAAAAGCUUUAAAUUUUUAAUUAACUCGACUUGGGGGUGUUCUCAAAUAAGAAAAAAUCCAGACUUUGUCAAUGUUGAGUGUCCCAUUUUUGUUUGUUUGUAAUCUAGUUAAGCAAAUUUGGAGCCAAACCAUGUUGUUGGGAAAGUGUAUGUGUGAAAUUUGUCUUUUGCAAGUUCAUGGGUAUAUUUGUCUGCAAUAGUCCAGUUGACAUAUUAGAAGUCAUGAGUGAUCCAAUUGAUUUGAGUGGGGAUGGAGGUGUCUUGAAGACAAUAAUCCGGAGUGCAAGACCUGAUGCUGUUGCUCCAUCUGAGAGUCUUCCGCUUCUUGAUGUUCAUUAUGAAGGGAUUCUUGCUGAGACCGGUGAAGUUUUUGACACCACAAAUGAAGAUAAUACUAUCUUCACCUUUGAGUUGGGCAAGGGAUCUGUAAUUAAGGCUUGGGAUAUUGCACUGAAAACCAUGAAGGUUGGUGAGAUUGCAAAGAUAACUUGCAAGCCAGAAUAUGCAUAUGGCAGUGCUGGUUCCCCUCCUGAUAUUCCCCCUGACUCGACACUAAUAUUUGAGGUUGAGUUGGUGGCUUGCCGACCUCGGAAGGGCUCUAGUCUAAGCAGUGUGUCGGAUGAGAGAGCUCGGCUGGAGGAGCUUAAGAAGCAGAGAGAAAUUGCGGCCUCGGUUAAAGAGGAAGAAAAAAAGAAAAGGGAAGAAGCAAAAGCUGCUGCGGCCGCUAGGAUUCAAGCCAAACUUGAGGCCAAGAAAGGUCAAGGCAAAGGCAAGGGUAAAGCCAAAUAGGAAACAGGAAUUUAAAAGUUAUCUUUCCCGUUUUAGUAUUUUGAUGCUACAAUAUAAGGAGCUAAUAAAGCCUCUUAUUAGCUUUGAUAUCUUUUGAACUUAACAAUGUAGCAAUUAUUAGCAAGAUUGGUAGCUUUGUGCCUGUGUUUGCUAAUAUUUGUUUAUGGGGUGCUUCUUUUUAGGACACCAUAUUGUGUUUUGCUUUAUGACCUCUGAGAAUAAUGUCUUAAAAUUCCCAGGAUUAAGUUAAUUGUGCUGUUACCGGAGCAUGGCUCGUGCAGUACUAAGUAAGCAAUUUUUUUUUUUGUGCAAAUAUAAAGCAUAUCUAUAU